GCAGCCGCCCGCGGAGUGAGGGAGGCAGCGACCGAGCGGGCGGACGGCGGCCGCGGGAGAUGUGCCCGGAGGAGGACGGCGGCUGCGGCGGCGGUGGCGGCGGCGGCGGCAGCGUAGCCGGCACCGGCGGUCCCGAGGUGGCGGCUGCGGUGGCGCUGGACGAGCUCCGCUCCUGGUGGGAAGUCCCGGCCAUCGCGCACUUUUGCUCGCUCUUCCGCACCGCCUUCCGCUUGCCCGACUUCGAGAUCGAGGAACUGGAAGCUGCUCUUCACAGGGACGAUGUGGAGUUUAUCAGCGACCUGAUCGCUUGCCUUCUUCAAGGUUGCUAUCAGCGCAGAGACAUCACUCCCCAGACGUUUCACAGCUACCUGGAGGACAUCAUCAACUACCGCUGGGAGCUGGAGGAAGGGAAACCCAACCCUUUGCGGGAGUCCACUUUCCAGGAGCUGCCCCUGCGUACYCGGGUGGAGAUCCUGCACCGCCUCUGUGACUACCGCCUGGACGCAGAUGACGUCUUCGACCUCCUCAAGGGCUUGGACGCCGACAGCCUCCGCGUGGAGCCGCUGGGCGAGGACAGCAGCGGCGCCCUGUACUGGUACUUCUACGGCACGAGGAUGUACAAGGAGGAACCGGUGCCCGGGAAAACCAACGGAGAGCUGGCUCCAGACAGGGGAUGUGGGGGACAGACAAACACCCCAAAUGUUCCUGGGAAAACAGGCAAAAGACGAGGGCGACCUCCAAAGCGGAAAAAACUACUGGAGGAAAAUUUGCUGAGGGAGAAGGCAGAAGAAAACUUGCUUAUCCAUGAGACUCAGAUAAGAAAUGGCUCCCAAGGGCCUGGCCGUGGGACAUGGUGGCUGCUGUGCCAGACGGAAGAGGAGUGGAGGCAGGUCACAGAGAGCUUCAGAGAGAGGACUUCCCUUAGAGAGAGGCAGCUCUACAAACUCUUGAGUGAAGACUUCCUGCCGGAGAUCUGCAACAUGAUUGCACAGAAGGAGAAGCGUCUGCAGCGGACAGAGUUUUCACCCAGGUGGAUGUCUGACCAUCAGCCCAUCAAACCAAUCAAGCAGGAGGUAAACCCAAAUGUGCUGAAUUCAAUGGAGAAGCAGAGGCGCAGAGAGGAGGAGGAGGAGCGCCAGAUCCUUAUAGCAGUGCAGAAGAGGGAGCAGGARCAGCUGCUGAAGGAAGAGAGGAAGAGGGAGAUGGAGGAGAAGGUCAAAGCAGUGGAAGAACGGGCCAGGAGGAGGAAACUUCGUGAAGAGCGGGCCUGGCUGCUGGCACAGGGGAAGGAGCUCCCCCCUGAGCUUUACCACUUGGAUCCCAGUUCCCCCACCAGGGAAGAACGAAGGACCAAGGAUAUCUUUGAACUGGACGAUGAGUUCACAGCCAUGUACAAAGUUCUAGAUGUGGUGAAGGCUCACAAGGACUCUUGGCCCUUCUUGGAGCCCGUUGAUGAAUCUUAUGCUCCCAACUACUACCAGAUCAUUAAGGCCCCCAUGGAUAUCUCUAGCAUGGAGAAGAAGUUGAAUGGAGGUCAGUACUGCACCAAGGAAGAAUUUGUGGGUGAUAUGAAGACCAUGUUCAGGAACUGUCUUAAGUACAACGGUGAAGGCAGUGAAUAUACAAAGAUGGCUUACAACUUGGAGAGGUGUUUCCACCGAGCAAUGAUGAAGCACUUCCCUGGGGAAGAUGGAGACACGGAUGAGGAGUUUUGGAUCAGAGAGGAUGGGAGACGAGAGAAGAGGAGCCGGCGGACUGGCCGCUCGGGCRCAGGCAGUGUCUGGACUCGGUCACGAGACCCAGAUGGGCCUGGCAAGAGACAACAACGCCUGGAGAAUGGAGGAAAACCUCCACCGUAUCGAGCUGCUUCCAGGGCUCCUGCUUCUUCCUCCUCUUCCUCCUCCUUCUCCUCGUCCUCUGUAGAUGAUCCAAGUGGCAACUCAAUGCAGACUACUCAAGAAGUGGGCCCUUCCAAUGGGCGAGGCUUCCCCCGCUCCCUGCAGUACGGCGGCAUGCCCAGCCCYGUGACACAUCCUGGACAGAUGAGACCAGCAGUGCCAGGAACGUUUGGUCCUCUGCGUGGAUCUGAUCCCACAAAACUGUACGGCUCUCCGCGAGUKCCUGAGCCCCAUCCCGGAGACCCAGUCCAGCAGCACCAGCACUUUGCCAUGCAGCCGGCCCUGGGACUGAGCGAKCACCGCGGGCACCGGCUGGGCACUCCAGAGAAGCAGACAUGCACGGCACCGGCCCACGUGGCCGGGCUGGGCCCCCGGCCGGUCUCCCUGCAGCUGGGGCGCCCCCCGCCCGACGCCGUCUACCCACCGGCCCAGUUCCAGCAGGSCUUCCUCCCGCCACGGCACAACGGGCCCCCCGGGAAGCCGCCCGAGGGCUCRGAGGUGCCCCCGGGGCACAUGUACCGGCCCUACAAGUACCUGAACCGCGCGCAUCCGGCCCUGUGGAAUGGCAGCCACGGCCCCGCUGUGGGGGGCCAGGCCGCCAUGGGGCCAGAGGAGAAAGCGCCCAUGGGGCCGGGGCCCACGCUGCAGCCCCGUGUCCUGGGUCAUAUGAUGGACCCCCGGGCCACGAGGCCACCACUGCCUCCCAGCCAGUGGAGCGAGCAGUCCAAUUUCCUACCUCACGGGGUGCCUCCCUCAGGGUAUAUGCGACCGCCCGGGAAAGCCGCCGGCCAGAGGAUGCCACAGCCGCCGGCCGCUCUGUUUGGGGGACCGCCUCAGGUUCAAAGAGGGUGCCAGGGCGGGGACUCCAUGCUGGACAGCCCGGAGAUGAUCGCCAUGCAGCAGCUGUCCUCCCGCGUGUGCCCGCCGGGUGUGCCUUACCACCCUCGCCAGCCRCCCCCGCCGCACCUCCCCGGGCCCUUCCCCCAGCUGGCUCACGCCGCCUCCACCGGCCAGCCCCCAAAACCAGCUGUGGGAAACGGGAGCUCGCAGGAUCCAACCGGCCAGACCAUGGACAUGGACAGCAACCCAGUGGAGACGCCAGCAGGCAUGGAUGAGAAGGCUCAGUGCAUCAGCAUUCCUGACGGGACCUACGGCAAACUCCUACCUCACCCCAAGCCCCCACUGCCCAUGGAGUGCACGAGGCGCGCCUUGCCCCCGGAUGGGGAGGGGGACGGCCCCGGUGUGAAGGGCGACCUGAAGGCAGGGCAGGGCAAAGGCGCGUGGUCAGCAGAGAGCGGCUACGCCGGUGACCCAGGCUGCGUGAGGGACCUGGUGCCCCCCUCUGAAAGAGGGGGUCCCCUGCCUCAGAAUGGGGCAGCGGGAGAGGGGCCAGCAGCCGGCCCUGAGGGGAAGGGGCUGGCUGCCAACCUGCUGGAGAAACCCCUCUGUGGUGGGGGAAAGGCUCUGUCCGAAGCAGCCGUGCCGUGCAUGGGGCAGGGCACCGGCCUCCCUGGCAUGGAUGCCGCCUCCAUGGGGGCCACCCCCAACCAGUUUCACCCUCUCUACAUGUCCAGUCUGGAGUACCCGAAUUCAGCCGGGCGGUACCAUAUCAACGCAGGCCUGCAGGGGUUCAGCCCCAUGAUGGGGGGGAAGCCACCUCCUCCUGCCUCCCAUCCUCAGCAUUUUCCCCCACGGGGUUUCCAUCCAAGUGGUGCCCACCCCGGCGUCUUCCCACGAUAUCGGCCUCCCCAGGGAAUGCCGUAUCCUUACCAGCCACAGCCUCAACCCUCCUACCACCACUACCAGCGACCGCCCUACUACGGCUGCCCGCAGGGCUACUCGGACUGGCAGAGACCUCUCCACCCGCAGGCCAGCCCCAGCGGGCACCCCAGCGCCCACCCCACCCUGGCCAGGCCCCCUUUCCCAGAGCGGGGCUCCAGCCUGCAGGGCUGCGAGGCACUGAGCGCCGCCCUGGCCUCGCCCAACCGCGUGGACGUAGCAAGUGCCAAAGAGGUUUCUCCAAGCGACGGGCAGGAGCUGGGGCCUGAAGAUGAGAAGUCCGAGGAGUCCCAGGAAAGACCAGAGAGUCCCAAAGAGUUUCUUGAUUUGGACAACCACAAUGCGGCCACUAAGAGGCAGAGCUCGGUGGCUGCGGGAGAGUUCCUCUAUGGAGCCCCCCCACCACACCUGGGUGCAGGGAUGGGAUUCGGCCCGUCGGCUUUCCCUCCCCAUGGGGUGAUGCUACAGACUGGCUCUCCUUAUGGAUCCCGCCAUCCUGCCAGCCACUUCCAGCCCAGGACGUACGGAUCGCCCAUGAAUGCUCACCUGUCUCAUCAUCCAGCCUCUGGCCAGGCCAACGGCCUCUCUCAGGAGGGCCCCCUGUACCGCUGCCAAGAGGAGAACAUGGGUCACUUCCAGGCCUUGCUGAUGGAGCAGAGAGGCAGUGGAGGUGGCAUGGGGGGGCCACCCCAGGACUUGUAUAGACCCUCGGGAAUGCAAAUGCAUCAGGCUCAAGUACCCUUCCCGAAGAUGCCUACAGCAACCAUGUCCCGUGAAGAUUUGACGUCRCAAAAACCGUCAGCGUUGCCUCUGGAUCAAAGCUAGUCCAAGAAAUGAAGGACUUCAUGAAGAUGAAAGCCACACGUGAUAUGGACAACGGAGAGGAGGGGCAGGCCUUGCUCCGACCCUCCCCUCAUCCGAGCAGCAUGGAGCUUCCUGGGUCUGUGGAACGUGGUGCUGUGCUGGCUUUUGUGUUGGAAACGUGGAGCGGUGCUGGGCCCCAGCCAGCCGAGCAGCUGGCUCGCCAUCGCAGGGCACCCCGAACUCGUGGCUUUCUGUGACCGGAGACUGCGUCUCAUUCAGGGUUUGAGGGAUCUUUUGGGUGGGGAGGGUGGGGGGUGGGGGUGGAAACUUUCAUUGACUGCUAAACUCAGGUAUAUUUUUCAGGGUGGAAGAGGACGAUGAUGAAAUUUUACUUGUAGUAUUAACGUGUGUGUUUUGGAGCUGGAUCCAGUUUACAGAAUUUAACCUGUUGCCUUUCUAAAUAAAUUUCUGUUGUUGGUGAAUGUAUUGUACAUAAUGGGGGGGAGGGUGGGCCCAGCUUGUAGUGGGCUUAGCACUGGAGGAAUCGUUAACUGUUUACAAUCAUAUCACACUGAAAUCUUUCAGGAUAGGGUGAGGGUUCGGGGGGACCAGGGAGAGGCGAGGAAAUGUGUGACUUGCUGUGCUCCUUCCUGUCCUCUGCAGCCAUGACAUGACUCGACGGUUGGUAGACAUAAUAGCAGGAAUUGCUCAGGAGCAUAACAUGUCCUCCUCUUUCUCUUGCCUUCUUCUUCCUUCCUCUCACACCCCCACCUCCACCCCUCUGGAUCCAGGGCCUGAGUGUACUUCCAGCUCCUGUCAUCAUGAGGGAACAAGGAAACCGGGACCAGGAAUUGAAACCAGGGCAGGACACCCAUGGCAUUGUUCCUUCUGCUAAUACAGUACACUUCUCCCUGCCUUUCUGAUAGAAGAAAUGUGUGCUCUAGAAAACAGAAAAUKGCAUAACUGGUCAACUUAAAAUUUGUUUUUGUGAAACCGGUGCAGCUGUGGGUGGAACAGCACCURUCCAGUAGAACAAAUUCUGUGUAAAUCUGUACUUCCCUGCUGCCUGAGAAGAGGAGCCAAGUCCCCACCUCUUUCACUGACCCUGGGCUAUGUUCACUUCUUAGCAGCAGUGAAGCAGAAAGUGCCACAAGCUUCCUGAGCAAUCUCACUGAGGAGGAAGAGCAAGAGGCUGCCUUGGGGGACUGGCAGGAUUACUGCAGUAUGAGCCAUUUGUUGGAUUUGGCAUUUGCAAGUUGCARGUGAAUUGGAAAGCACUCGAACAUUCAAAGUCAGUCAUUGAGGUCGAUUGGCUCAGAAGUUGAGGGACAAGAGAGCUUCCUGCUGGAGUCGAAUUGGUUUAACUUUGUUGUCAAGAGCAGGUCCUGCAGGGCCAGUGGCAGCUUCUGUGUGCAGUCUGCAGGGGCUGUCACCAGUGGCAGUACUGCACUGGGAAACCCCUGUGUGCCAGUCAUGAACAGCCACUGGUGUUCAAGUGAGUUCUGUAGGAACUUCACCUACAUUUACUCACAUCCUAAGCUAACRAGCAGUUGAUUAUUCUAGAGGGAGCUGGAGUAAAACAGUGAGUUAAGCUAUGAGACUGGGCAGCAAAACCUUAUGGGAGUGUAGCCCUUGUGGGCAGGGUGCUGGCUGCACUGGGAGAGGGCAGUGGUUAAAAAGAGGAUGUGCCAGUCUGUCAGACAGAGCAUGCUAGCAGGAGAAGGACAGAGCAGCAUGCCCUUUAGUCAGUGCUACCAGCUAGAGGAGGGAUAUUGUCUUCAGGUUUCUGGAGAAUUUUUCUGSCUGCUUUCUUGCCUUGCAUUGUGCCAUCACUCAUAUCUUCAGCUGGAUUGCACCAGGAUGCACGACUACACUGCCUUUGUCUUGCUGUGUAGAUCUACUAUGCACUGGCAAAGCUGUUCAAGCRAAUGGCAGGUAGCAUCUGGCUCAGCCAUUGCUCCUUCUGUCCUAAGCUUUUGGAAUAAUAAAAAAGCCUAAAAGAUGAGAAAUAUUCUUUGCUGAAAUAGUUGGAAAAAGGAAGGACUGCCACGUUAAUGCCCAAUGAGCCUCACUGCUCUGUUGCUACAGCUCUUWUGCCUGUGAUGAGCUGUGUGGGGCCAAGGUAUUUUCCAAGCCUAACAGGAGUUAAAAUUCUUCAUGCAGUUGCACAAGUGCACUCCAGAUGCAGUUCUUACCCACUGCUGCAGUCAGCCUGUCAACUAUAGCUGCUGGCUGCUUAGRCCAGUCAGUUGCCUGGGACAUCUGUCAAUGUAAUGUGAAUUUCUUCUGGUAUCUAUCUACAGAUGCCAUUAGAUUAGGAAGGGGAAGAGUGAGGGUUUUGGUGUGUUUUCUUCAUUUGUAUUCAUCUGUCAGGGAGCACUUGUGUGGMUUGAUCUAAACUGGAAGAGAUGAUCCUAAAGGUUGACCUUUGACAAAGAAAUGGGUAACUGCUUUCCCCAGCCAAGAACAUUAUGUCAUGUCUCUUCCAAGGACAAAUUUARCUCAUCAACUGGCAGUGGUUUUUCAGAGGGGCCUCAGCUGCUCCGAAAGGCAGGUCUAGAUCCUUCACUGGGCAGAGGUACAGUAGCAGUAGUAGAUAUUAAUGAAAAAUUGUGCAAGUACAUCUGCUCUUCAAGACAACAAACCUGGGACAAACACUCUUUAGUUCACUGUACAUAUAAAAAUAAUUUGAAAUAGCAGAUUUAAAAAAUGAGGAACUGGAAAAUAUAAUGUGUAGCAAARCAUGGAAAAUUCCAGAAAUGUGGAUGUAGAUUCUGCAAAGAAGCCCUGCCAGACACUUCARCCUGUCUUCUGUAUCACAGACAGCUGAAUAUUUGAAGUUCCUUUCCUUCAGCUCAUUGGGCACAUUGCAGAACAGGAGGUUUUUAGAAGCUUUAAAAACUCUCCAAGCAAGGUGAAGCACAGUUCAGCUGGAACAGGUGCUGAAAACAUGGUUCUAGUGCUCAUGGUAUCUGGAUGAGUACCAAGCCUGGAUCAAAACUGGACACAGCUAAAGGAGGGCAAGAAUUGCUUGUGGUCUGCCUGGAGAGCGUAGUGGAGUGUUAGACAGUGRUAGAUAACCUCACCUGACUUGAUGCAAAUCUGGGAGGGGUUUGACUUGCACAAAACCAAGUAGUGAAGCUGACUCCUCUUGGGAGGGUUUCUAGGUAAAUGGCUUUUGAUGUAGUCAAUAAUGUUUAUUAAAGUGGCUARCAAGCUGCUGUUGUGAGGACAGAUGGUUUCUAUUAGAAAAGUACUAAUAUGGAAUACAGGAAACUACGGCUGGGCUUUCCUGAGGACAGGACAUGCUGAGGUGGAGAGAUACUUGUGAAAUCUUAGAUUGGAGUUUCCAGACUUUCAAAUGCUUAGAUCAUAAGAAAGGGUUGUGGUUUUUUUCCCCCUCUUAUAAUAUCUAGGGAUGCCCUCAAAAUCAGAGUUCAAUCUCGCUAGGKACAGUCUAAGCAAAUCACAGAAAACUGCCUCUCCUCAGAGGUUACAGCCCUGGGACAAGAUUGCUGGGGUGGAAUACCCAUGGAAAUUUAAGCAGAUAAUGUGGAUUUUAUUAUUUCCAAACCAUGCUGCUUUGUAGAUACUGUGAAAGAGAGGUUUGAGGGAUUUAGAAGAGCAGCAUCGCAUCUCUUUAUGUACAGAAUGGUGUUUCGUGCCAUUUGUUGGCUUGCAGCCAGAUGUGUAACUGCAUUUUGAAAUAACAUGGCUUCUGAGUGCCAUACUUGUGCCACURUCUUAAAUUAAUGAGGAGGUGUUAGGUCAUAGGUUGGACUUGAUGAUCUUGAAGGUCUCUUCCAGCCUGGUUCAAUCUGUGAUUUUAACCCAGCACAGAGAAACUCUAGUGCAUCCCCCAGCAUUGUUGUAGUACAUUACCAGUUGGUGCUUUCUCAGAAAGCAUCCUGAGCUAGUGGCUUUGCAAAAUUUCCUGUAGCUAUUUUCCUGUAUGGAGGACGUGUUUUGCAAUAAUUAUGGAUUUCAUGUUAAACAAGAUUAUAUAAURCAUAGAACAAUUAUGAUGUUGAUCAUGCUCAAGCAUGACAAAAAUUUUCAAUAAUCUCGGAAGAGCUUUGUAUACUGCUCUACCUUUUUAGUCUCUUGCUCUCCCCCACCACUUCCUCUUUCUAAAGUGGGGUGUGGUGUUCCCAAGCUCCUGAGAUGUUAAGUUGCCUUUGCAAAGGCCACUGUAUAAACUCCCCCGAGACUCUGAAUUUUUGGACAUCUUAGGUAGUACAAGCCCUGGAAAUUCAACUAAGUAAUUUGGAAAGGGCAGUCACUGAGGCUUCACAGUGACUUUUCGCUGUGUUUAGCUGCAGUUUGCAGUCUAUAAAUUCCWUGGUGUGACCCACCAAACCACUCAGUGGCAAUCCAAGGCACCAGCCUGCAACGAGGAGGACAAAAGAGGAAAGUAAAUUUGAAGCUUCAAGGCCCAACUGGUUUGAUUUGUGACUUUCAAGUACAUGGAGACACUUUUCUUGGAAGCUUCUGAUUGUUUCUUGUCUGCCAAAUGCCUUUUCCAUGCAGACUUUCCGAAACAAAUCGCCUGUGUAUAUUUUUGUAAGUGUGGUUUCUCAGGGUCUUGGAGAGCUAUCAGCUUUAUGAUGUCUUAUCUGAAAGCAAGUCACAGAGGCUGUCUUUCAUUCUGCUGACUGAGGCAGCUCCCCUGCAGGUUCUCACCCCAACACUUCUCCAUUUAAAAUGGAAGUAUAAUUAGAAAACAACCUUUCUUUAUUUUCCCCACUGAUCCCUGUCAGGCUUUCGUUCAUCUCUCUGUUCAAGAGAGAUGUUUCUUUGUUCUUGAUGGCUUCAUUCUGCUCCUUUUCUGAGAAGACUGUGUUGCUGUAUGCACUGUGGAAUUUCAGAAAAGGUGCUGAAGUGAAUGACAGGGAAGUGUCAUUCCAGAGGGUGGCUUGGAGAAGACCAACAGUGGAAUCUGUGAUGGUUUAGUUGGUCCCGGUUCCUCUUGCUGCAGAGCAACCAUGCAACUGGAUCUGCACUUAAUCAGAGCAACCCUUUGAAAGGUUUUURUUGUGCUACAUCAGUGGAGGAGUAGAGGAGUUUGCUCUUGCAGAAUCCCUGUUCACUCCAAGUGUGGUGCUGGUGGUUGCAGAGAAGGUGUGUGAAUGUCAUGUCCUUUCUGCAGGGCUGGGAUUGGGAUAGCAGGCUGUGCAAGGAGGGCUGCAGCUGCAGCCCAUGUGAAGAGCUUUAAGAGCCUGUGCUCACUGAAACAGAAAGCAUCUCCAGCACUGACCUGGCAGCCUCUCCCCAUCUGUACCUGUUUAACAUACAGAUGGGGGUGARCACACAGGGUUGGGCAGGAUCCCUGCCGCCCAUGCGGAAGGAAAAUGCUUUUAACCGGCACAUAAUGAGCUGYGUGUCCUGGGUUUCACUCUGCCCACCUCCUGCUCUGAAAAAGAGCUGGGGAGGGACCCAUUUCCAGCUGUCUCCCAAUAGCUGCUCCUGGGGACAACCAGGGCAAGGCUCAGUCCACCCCCWGGCAGAGAGAUUCAGGACAGGGUUUUAUGUGUUUGAAAGUAGUAACAUCCAAGUGUACCUUUGCAGAGAGCUGUGUUGUGCCCUUCUCAUUUAGUUACUGUCUUGCUUUGGCUCACAUGCAGGAUUUGAGAGACCGUGGAGCAUUUUAUAGAUCCAACACGGCUGCUCUUGCAUUGAUUGAGGGCUUUUUUCCUUUGUUUGCAGCAGUGGCUUAGAUUUCUUUUGGCAAAGGUCUUCCUCUUUUUGAAAKGUGGAUAUCAAAGUGAACAGUGCAUCCAGGAGAGAGCAAGAGCUACAUCUACCAGGGAAAGAGGGGACAAAGGUUUAAUUAGGACUGUGGCUUAAUUGGGAUUUUCACCAACUCAAGCCUAARGUCCCUCUGUCCUUUGCCCCUUCUAUUUGGAAACACUUGGCUCACUUAGCAGAAAGGCAGUAAGUGGAAUAGCUUCUAAAUAAAAGCAGAACUGACUCUGUGUGAGCACAAGUCUCUUGUUGUGAAUGAAGUUAGACCAGAGAGAGCCAUUGGGGGGACUCCUUUGAGCAGCAAAUGAGUGAGAGGCCCGCAGGCACCUGGAGCACUCAAACACGAGCACAGCAGAGGAGCAAUCUCCCUUUUUGAAACCAGCCAGGCAGCUACAGGAGCUCAGGCCUCAGCUUAGUCUGGAAAGUCCUCUGAUCCGCUUUGUAUCAUAUGCCAACACCUCCCCUCUCCUUGCUUCCCAGCUUUCAAGUCUCUUUCCUUGUUCUGACUUCGCUGCAGUUGGUGGCUGUGAGUGCAGAGCUGAAAGCUCACUGCCCACAUGAGCACAAGGGCAGAGGGUUGACCUUGCCAGCUGCCUCCUCUGCACACACACAGAAGCAGGUGAGGAGAAUGCAUAUAUUCUCAUGAAACUGAGGCAUCCUCAGUGGCUCACGAGUGUUCUCUCGUGUGGCCCUGGGGUUUGCCACCCUGGCACAGCAGUGUGUGUCCAUCUACCAGUACAAGGAUUUGCUCCUGGUCCUAGUGCAGGGCUCCCACACGUGAUCCCAGCAYGUCUACCUCCAGGGGGGUUUAGGUUAGAAAUUCCUGUGCAUAUACUGUGUACAACUGUGGAAACUCUUGUCUCUCCUCCUUGAUGGAUCAAUGAAUGCUGCUGCCUGAUCUUUUUCUGAGCAAUAAUAACGUGCAGCAAUGCAACUUUUAACCUUUCCGCACUGUUUUAGGGAGUAGAUGGCUAUGGAACACACUGCAGGGGAUUCCAGUUUCAGCGGGAAAGCGAAGUGCUCUCUGUGGUCCUGCAUUUUUUUAUCAUGCCACGUUCCUGCUUUCCCAGAGACUGGUGGGUUGAUUUGGGUAGCUAUGAGAGAGCUGGUAGCUGCUUCUGUGUUUGGGAAGGCAGAGAGGGAAGGGAACAGUUGGGUAAAGGUGAGCCYCAUCCACAGAGCAGAGCACACUGGRACAGGGGUGGYUGUUGCUGCCACAGAAUGAGGGGUGGAUGAGGGGGAGGAGAGUGACCCACUGCUGCUUCACUUGGCUUUGCUGGGGAGGUAGUGGGGGAGCYUAUGCCACUACAUCCAUUCAUUUUUCUGAAGUUGGGUAACAUUGGGGUUGUUUUCUGUAUUAUUGUAAGUUUGUAAAGAAUGUAAUCUGUCAGGGGCACAAGGAGAAAACGGGGGUCUUUCUCUUUUUGGGUGAGGCUGUUCUUAUGUUGCUGUGCUUUCUGUUGUUGGGUGGGGAGGGGUCUAAUGGCCAUGGGGGCAAAAGCCUGGCCCUUGUCAACAGCUUGCAGCUGCCCCAGGGUGACAGGAGGGUGAGCUGAGGCUGCAGCAGAGACCUCCCACACCAAGCUGUGAAAAUGCCUCUGCCUGUGUCCCUCAGCAGGGAAAAUGGGACCUCUGUGGGACUCUGCACUGGCAUAUUUUCCUGGGUGCUGGGAUGUAAUACUUGAGGAUGGGCUUUCUUGACUCCAUAGCAAACUGGGCUGAAGAGCUGCYCAUGCUGUUUAUGAAAGGUUGGAGUGGAUGGGCUCAAUUUAUCAGCUCAAGAAGGAGUUGAUGCUGGAGUUGCUCAUCCCAGCACUUCUGUCCCCAGCAGGGGCUCAGGGUGAGCCUCUCACCUCUCCAUCACCUGCAGCCCAGGAACCCCCACCUCCCUCCCCAUCCUGUAGAGCACAGUGUCAGGGAUCCUCUUCUCUCUCCUGCUGCUGCAAAGUUGUGUGAACUUUCCUGGUCAAUACUGGAAAGGGGAAUGCUAUUUAUUUUUAUAUUGUGUAUAUUUUGUCUUGGUCUGCUGAUUACCUUUGUUCCCCAAGAGCGACAGUUACCUCAAUAGUUAGUUUAAUACUGUGUGUUGGGUAAUUUUUUUUAAGAACUUUUUUAAAAUCUUGAUCCUUGGAGGUCUGUAGAUUUUAUUUCCAUAUGAAUUGGUUAUUUUGUAUAAAGUACRUUCUUAAA